AUGGCGCAGAAUGAUACAUCUAAGUGGAGUGAAUACUUACCUUUGAUUUUACUUGGUAUCCGAUCUACUAUCAAAGAAGAUUUAGGAUGUACAUCGGCUCAACUUGUUUAUGGCACCAACCUAACCUUGCCUGGACAGCUAGUCCCCUCAGCCGAUUCCACAGACGUGAACACUGGCGACUUCACCAACCGAUUAACUAGACAAAUGCUUCAACUUCAACCAACAGCACCUCGACAAUCUCCCCGACGACAUCAGAUCGACAAACAUCUACAAACUUGCAAAUUCGUCUUCAUUCGAGUCGACGCCAUCAGAAAAGGAUUGCAACCACCAUACGAAGGACCCUUUCAAGUUAUUAAACGUUCAGAAAAACACUUUACAGUGAACAAAAAUGGAAAACGAGAGACUAUUUCAAUUGAUCGAAUCAAACCCGCAUACACCGACAACGACUUCGAAUCUACAUCGGCAGCUGCACAAUCAAAUAAUCAAACAUCCGAUUCCCCUCCACCGGCACUAAGUCUUAUCCUCCCUCCAAAUCAAACACGUAGUGGUCGGCAUAUCAGUAAACCGGCUCGCUACGUUCAUUUUGAGGACUAAUAAAAAAAACAUAAUUACAAUUUACUAUUAUCUUUUUCGUUUAGACAUUAUUAUCAUGACCGUUAGUAUUUCGUCGUAAACUUUGAUGUUACUAUCACUAUUAUUUAUUUAUAUGUACCUCACAUAAAAACAGGUAUUGUCCAUUUCAGAAACUACUGAUCCUUAAUCCAUAUUUUUCAAUGUUUUCUUUCCCCUCCUUUAUUACUGUGUAUUUACAUAUUUUUCUUUAUACAUUAAAAAUCUAUGUUCCGGGUUAGUGCAAAUUUAAGUGACAUGACUUUCUAUUUCAAUUUUUAUUGCUGAACUAAUUGUAUAUGCUUUCAGACUCUACAUGAUUCAAAUACUUUCUCGCGUAUAUGCAUGUUAUUAUGUAUCCUUAGUUUUAUCCAAAAAUUGUUAUUACUAUUAUUAUUUACUUCACAGUUUUACUUAACAUUUUCCGGUAGUCUCUCCGGACCUCUAGGGGGGGCCAUGUGGAGUACGUAACAGUGUGAUUGUACAAUUUUUGUUAGUUGUAGAAAUUAGAGACAUCGUACAUUAUUUUUAUUUAAAACGACUCUUGUUAAGAUACACAUAACUUCCGUGUUCAAUUGGAAAUAGACUAUACUGUUGGAGUCUUCGCCUUUUUCCUGGCCAUUUCUGCUUACUUGCUCCACUCAUACCGUGUUGUAUACUUCGGAUUUAUUGUAGGAGUCUACUACUCUCAACCGAAGACAUUUCUACAACCGGAACACAGCAGCUAUAGCAGACGCAACCCAAUCAAUUAACGUCCCCGUGGGUUAUAUAAAUAAGUUGUCGCAGAGGACUUAUAUUUUAUAUCCAAGUAAUCCUUUGUGUUGAUACAACUCGUCACUGCAUUUUUUGGCAAAAUAUAUUGUUAUUUAACACUCCAUUGACUUGGAUUAUUAUUCUUAUAUUUAUAAUGUUAGUGAACUCUAGUAUAAGUCCCCUACAAGUCCCAAACUGGGACGAAAGAGCUGUCAAGUACUCCCAGGUUUUCCAGUGGUUCUCUAACUAAUGUCAGCUCAUGAUGAAAUCCUGUAAACCAAUCAAAUCCCUACAAACCAACACUUGAAUAACAAGUCUAGAAAUUAUGCACUACAACUUUUACUUUGCUGAAUACUUCAGCAGAUUUUAAAUAAACACUUGACAGAUAUCAAAUUUAUACAGGAAGCCAGUAAGGUUUAGUAAACUAAAAGUACUUUCGGUUCCCAUAGGAGUUCUCCGUGACGAAUUGAUUCCUUUGAGGGCCUACACAGAUUACAACUUCAAUUAAAUAACACUGAUGUGGAAGAAAUUCCAUUCUUCAUCACUGAACUGAAUGAAAAGAACCAUGCUUUUUAUUCUAAAAACAGGAGCAUUCGUAAUGUUUUACUUUAUGUAAAUGCAGUUACGUACAGUUGCACCAAGAUCAAAGCUAGCAUUUUUUCGGGCGCGUUGCAGACUUUGGGCGCAUUGUAGACUUAGGGAAAAUAGCCGACUCUUAGAGGACAGACUUAGGGCACAUUGCAGACAUUUUGAGGCAGAAUUUGGGCAUAUUGCAGAUCCCGAGGAAGACCUAGGGCAUAUUGCAGACUUUUUGGGGCAGAAGUUGGGCACAUUGCAAAUUCCGACGAAGACCUAGGGCACAUUGCAGACUUUUUGGGGCAAAUUGCAGGCUUUUGGGGGCAAACUUCGGGACACUGUCCCACGUAAGUAGAUCUACCCGAAGUUUUCGCCCCAAAAAGUCUGCAAUGCGCCCGAAAAAAAUGCUAGCUGGGAUCUCAGUGCAACUCGCUGCGCAAUAGUAUAUACACGAAAAAACUGAAAAGUAAUGCCCCCCUACCUUUUGAACAACUUGUCCUCAUUCCAGGAUAAUAAAUUUCUCUUACGUAUGAGCUUAAGUUAUGUCUAUGAAAUCGCAAUCUUACAUCAAUUAAAUCUUCCCCCAAAAACAAGGCCACUUGAAAUCCAUAGCAACAAGCAUCAUA